AUGGCAGAUAACAGCUCCAUGACCGGUGGUGGGACUUUGCUGCAUUUCGGUGAACGUUUUUACAUCGUGCAGUUGCUGGUGUUGAUUUUUCUGUGCAUCAACUUGUUGCUGAUUGUGACCCUUUUCUCAAAGGUCUACUUCUACACAACCAUGCGAUACAUCUUAUUCACUGUGACUCUAUUGUCUGAUACCUUGAUUUUAUUCAUAACCGAUGUUAUGUUUAUCUUUAGCUACUCUCAAGUUAAGAUGCCUAUCGCCCUGUGUGUUCCAGUCUAUAUUGUUGUGGUUGUGUACACUUUUGUCACACCUUUGACUCUCACAGCCAUGACGCUGGAGUGCUAUGUGGCCAUUUGCAUGCCCCUGCGUCACGGAGAGCUGUGCACGUCACGUAGAGCUGUGCACUGUGUCCUCAUCAUUCACGGCCUCAGCUUUGUACCGUUGACUCUCAUCCUCUCCAUCUUCUUUGCAUCAGCUCCCACAAGCUUGUACUCUGAGCACAGGAUAUGCUCCAUGGACAUAUUUGUGUAUCUCCGAUGGCAGGACAACGCUAAAAUGGCUGUGUAUCAGUUGUACUUUUUCGUCAUGUCUGCCACCAUUAUCUUCUCCUACAUUAAGAUCAUGAAAGCGGCCAAAAAGGCUGUGUCAGGAGAGAAUAACAAGUCGUCAAGGAGAGCGCUCGGAAGAGUGACUCUUCAUGGCUUUCACCUCCUUUCCUGUCUCAUCCUACUGUGGUGUCCGUUCAUGGAGACUGCUGCGCUUCAGACUGAUUUCAAGCUUUUUUUAAAUGUCAGGUACUUCAAUUACAUAGUGUUUAAUCUCACUCCAAGAUGCCUGAGUCCUCUCAUUUACGGCCUUAGGGAUGAAAAGGUUUUUCUUGCGCUGAAACAAAAUGUACCUUUUCAGUUCCACUUUGGACAAAACAGUGUACAGAUCAAGAAAAUCUGA